GUUCCGGAGUGGCCUGGUAUUAUUGUAAGUAGCAGGUGAAAUAUCUGGUUUCCUUUUGGGUUUAGCAACCAUGAAUAUGUAUGCUGUGGCCAACCCUGAGAUACCAGGCUGCCCACCGGGGUUAGAGUACCUCACCCAGGUGGAUCAGCUCCUGAUCAAACAGAAGGUCGAGCUGGUUGAAGCCCUCGUUGGUUUCGAGAGCAACAACAAAUAUGAAGUGCGCAACAGCAUGGGCCAAAACGUUUUCUACGCCGUGGAGGAGAACGACUGUCUGAGCCGACAGUGCUGCGGCCCCAUGCGCUCGUUCACCAUCCAUGUGCUCGAUAACUUCGGACAAGAGGUCAUCACCGUCACCAGGCCGCUGAAGUGCAUGUCCUGCUUCUUCCCGUGUUGUCUACAAGAGCUGGAGAUCCAGGCCCCCCCAGGUAACACAGUGGGGUACGUUAUACAGCAGUGGCACCCGUUCUCACCCAAGUUCAUCAUAGCCAACGAACACAGAGAGCCUGUGCUGAGGAUCCACGGGCCCUUCUGUGGAUGGAGCUGCCUUCCAGAUGUCGACUUUGAGAUUUUGACGCUGGAUGAAGUCAGUAAAAUCGGGAAAAUCAGCAAGCAGUGGACGGGACUUCUUCGGGAAGCGUUCACGGACACAGACAACUUUGGGAUCCAGUUCCCCAUGGACCUGGACGUGAGGAUGAAGGCUGUGAUGAUCGGUGCAUGUUUUCUAAUUGAUUUCAUGUUCUUCGAGACGACUAACUAGGAGCCAAACAGGAUAUCCAUGUGAGUGUACAGUUCAACCGUCCAGGGAGAACAAGGCCACAAAGCCAUAAUGAUCGGUCCCAAACGCCCGGACACAGAAACAACCUUCAGACGGAUAGUUUCAAGAAAGUCAAUGUUAUAAUUUGUUGCAUGAACAAAGAAAAAAGACUUAGCUGCUCAGGUUGGUUGUUUUUUGUUUUUUUUGACAAGCUACGGGGCUGUGAGACGCACGGUGCAGUGAUUGUGAGGACAUUUUUAUUUGUGUUUACAUGACGAGCUCAUCGGGGGAAAGAGACUUGUGGAAACGAGAAAACUUGAAUAGCAGCCUGACGUCAUUAUACAAGAAAUUACAAGGGAACACCAUUGCAGGCAAGUGCUGUUAAACAGUAUAAUAAGUAGAGAUUGGUGUCAUUAGUGUGACACACUUUGUGUUAUUUUGUCCUAUUUACAGUCAAGCUGGUUUUUAAUAUAGAAUGUGUAGCUAUAUUUUGCAAGAACUUAAGGACUCAUGUAUUGUAGUAGUUUGCAGCAGAUAUUCACUGCUCUUAUUUAUUGAUUUAUACUUCGCUCUGUUUGACUGUUUAGUCGAUACGGAGCAAUGUGUGUGCGCACUGCUUAGUGAGUGCUCGUGUGUCCGCGUGCUGUAAGUGUGAUUUUACUAACACAUGAACUCUCAUAGGGUGCACUAAUGUUUCUAAUGCGAUGAAUAAUAAUGCACUGCAGACUCUGUAGUGUUUUUGUUUUUAUGUAAGGGGAACUGAUGGGUUGAUGUGCAAUCCCAGUCUUGUCCACAAGAGGGAGCUAGAUUUGCAUUUGAGACUAACCCAUAACCAACCCAUAUGGAUGAGAACAUUGGCUGUUCAUGCCAUAGGGGAUUUUCUUUAAAUAUUCCUCUCUGAUGAUGUUGUGUAUUAUUGGAUAAACUCAGGUUGAUGCAUGCUGUUGUAUUGGAUUGUUUGCUAAUGCUGGCUCUGGGAAUGACACCUGAUGCUACUAAUAAGAAAAGAUAGGAUCAUAUUUUAGAAAAGGGUUUGCACAUCAUAUUGUAGAAAUAUGUAUAUUCCACCUUGUAUUAACUGGCAAAUUAAGAUUUUAAAUCAUAUUUUCUCCGUGCAACAAUCCUGAUUGUAAAACUCUAAAUGUGUUCUGAGGAUCUGUUCAUUAGGAGUGGAGGUAAAUACUGAUGCAAAGAUAUGAUCUGUGCUUUUGUACCAUCAUGAUAAAAAACUGAUUUGUCUCCAAAUGUUUGACUAUGUAGUUCUAGAAAACAAACUGGGGGGGAGUCAGCUCAAUAUUUAUUUAUUUAUUUUAAAAUCUUAAAAGCUUAGAGGCUUUUAUUUUUGUAAAAAGUCGUAUAAACUGCCAAUUGGAAAAAGCCAAAGUUUCCAAUGUUCUCUUUGUCAACCAUUCUUUAUUCUGCCUUUAAUAGACCAACCGUGUUCAUAGACCUAAGUGUGUGUGCAUACACAUGAAUGAAGAGCAUUUAUUUACCCUGCUUCUGCACGGAUCGACUUUUAAGAAACACAAGAUGAUUGCAACAUUUACAUUAAAAACUUUAAACAAACAUCUGCACACUGAAAACUAUGAGCGCCAUGUUGCACAACACAGCCUGAGUAGAGGAAGUCAACAUAAGUCCCACCUCUGGCAGGGCAAAUAGCCAAUCAUAGUCAAGGAUUUUGGGGUGGCCAAUAAGAUUUCAAAGGGGGCCCCAUGCCACCACUGGUUGCCCCGCUAGACACGGCCCUGGACCUAAGAGGAUUGAUCUCGCCCCUUUACGUGUUCAAUUAAAUACACAUUGCUGUACUUAAGAUGGGUGUUUUUCUGAAGUUGUUGAGAAAACUAUUUUAAUAACUCUUUGGAUGAAUGCAUUGAUGGUUAAAGAUGCUGGUGCUACAUGCUCUGAAGGUCGUUUGAUUGUGUGUAAAUGCCAAAAAACUGAAGUCAGAAUGUGUUACAACAGGUUUUUAGCUAUUCACAGCCAGUUUUAGAGAUUAAAAAAACAGCUCCAAAUACUUAUUCUUCUACUUUUGCACUUAAACUGUGAACUAAUACAUCAUUUAGUCAUGCAGUAAAUAUUCAACUCUGUGAGCUUAGCUUUAAUUGUGCUAACAGUCGAUAGAAACACUUCAAUAAAAACACUAUGUUGA